UCAGUCUUUUUGUAUUUGUAGUCACAGGAAUGCGUUAGAAGAUGCCACGUGAAACACAUUAUAUCAACAACAAAUACUAUGGAUAAUAAACAUGUUUCUACAUCAAAAAAGGCGAAAAAAGUAGAUCUUCCAUCUACAAAUUACAAUGCAAAUAGAAUAGUUUUUCGUGUCUUUACUCUGAUCACUUGUCUCAAGCUGCUCUUAAUACCUACAUAUCACUCUACAGACUUUGAGGUGCACCGCAACUGGCUUGCCAUAACGCACAGUUUACCAGUCAAAGAAUGGUACACAAAUGCCAAAUCACAAUGGACAUUGGAUUAUCCACCAAUGUUUGCAUGGUUUGAAUAUAUUCUGAGUUGUAUAGCACAAUUUAUUGAUCCUGAGAUGCUUAAAGUAGAAAACUUAAAUUAUGCAUCAUCGAAUACUAUCUAUUUUCAAAGAAGCACUGUUAUAUUCUUGGAUUUUAUAUUUGCUUAUGGAGUGAAAGAGAUUGGAAAAGUAUUCUGCUCUUCUUUUGAUAGUUAUGCUAUUUUUGUGAUUUUAUCACUAUGCAACAUGGGAUUGUUAGUAGUAGAUCAUAUACAUUUUCAGUACAAUGGGUUUCUACUUGGUAUUUUUCUGUUAGCUGUUGCAAAUGUUUCUAAAAUAAAUGAUCAGGUUUCUGUAUUGCAAGGAACUCUGUGGUUUGCAUUGUUGUUGAAUUUGAAACAUAUCUAUUUAUAUGUUGCUCCAGUCUUCGUAAUCUGGUUACUUAAAUCAUACUGUAUGAAUGGUAAUCAAUUUUUUAAACGUUUAUUUAUGCUUGGAAGUAUAGUUAUAAUCACAUUAGCAGUUUCAUUUGGUCCAUUUAUUUCUCAGUUACCUCAGGUAUUAUCAAGACUGUUUCCAUUUAAAAGAGGCUUAGUACAUGCUUACUGGGCUGCUAAUGCUUGGGCACUAUACAUAGGUGCAGAUAAAUUAUUAUCUCUAGUUUUAAAACAAUUAGGUUUGUUAAAAACCACUAAACUAGCAGUAAUGACUGGUGGUUUAGUACAGGAGCAAUCAUUCUUAGUGUUACCAACACCUACUCCACUUGUGACAUUUUUAUUAACAUUGUCUUCAAUAUUGCCUACAUUAUACUGCCUCUUUUUCAAAAAAGAUUAUAGCACAAAUCCGAAACAAUUUGUGAGGAGCUUAAUACUUUGUGCUUUAUGCUCUUUCAUAUUUGGUUGGCAUGUACACGAGAAAGCUAUUUUAACUGCUAUCAUUCCAUUGUGUGUUCUGGCUGUGACUGAUAAAAAUGAUGCUAGAAUUUUUUUAAUUUUAAGCAGUGCUGGACACACUGCCUUGCUACCAUUGCUUUAUCCUACAAAUUUAACUCCAUUGAAAAUAUUGUUACUUCUAACAUACAUGGUCGCAUCGUUUUUAACUCUCUCCAGAAAGUUUAAACAGCAGCUGCUUUAUUUUCAUGAAUAUAUAUAUGUGAUUAUUUUGCCAAUAUUAACGGUAUAUGAAACAGUAUUGCAUAAGUUAAUAUUUGGCGACAAACUACCAUUCCUACCUUUAGCAAUUACAUCCAUAUAUUGCGCGACAGGAGUACUUUAUUCUUGGAUACUUUAUUAUUACAUGUUUCUAAGAUAUAACCCUCUCGAUCAAAGAAAAAAGAAAGAAUGAGAAUAUUUAUAUUUUACAUUGUGUAAGAUUAAAUAAAUGAUUCUAUUUGUA